AGUCGCACAUAACUUUCAGUAGAGAGACUUCAGCAUUUGAGAUUUUACGCAAGCGCUCUCAAGUAGGCAUUGGAGAAAACAGAAACUUAAUAAGACCAUACGUUGAAAACAACAAAAACAAAAUUUUACGGAAAAUGCCAUGCAUUUAACUGAUCUAAACAAACAUUUCUCGGCUUUUUUUAAUGUGACGAGAGUUUAAUUUGCCAAAUUAAUUUGAAAAAACGAUUAGACGAAAAGUGUGAAGAGUGGGGAAAACUGCAAAAUAAGUGACAUUUCUAUGAGAAAACUAAACAAAAAUAAACUUGUGCAAAGUAUCAAAAUUAAUAUAUAAACUCAAUAAAUAAAGCAUAAACUGUUAAGCGUGUCUUCGAAAAUCUAUCAAAUAGUGGACAUUUUUCGAGAAAAAGUCAGCGAUUUUUGGAAAUUAAAACUAGUUACUUGAAAAAAAAACUAAGUUAAAAACAAAAUGACCGUUUCAACAUUGAAUAUGACACCAUAUUUUGCUGGAUAUCCCUUUCAAGGACAAGGCCGCGUCAAUCAACUUGGCGGCGUUUUCAUCAACGGUCGUCCGCUACCCAAUCAUAUACGUCGUCAAAUUGUCGAAAUGGCCGCAGCCGGCGUACGCCCGUGCGUCAUCUCACGUCAACUGCGCGUCUCACAUGGUUGCGUCUCGAAGAUACUCAACCGUUAUCAGGAAACCGGUUCCAUACGUCCGGGUGUAAUUGGCGGCAGCAAGCCGCGUGUGGCCACACCCGACAUCGAGUCUAAAAUUGAAGAAAUGAAAAAUGCCAAUCCGGGCAUUUUCAGUUGGGAAAUACGUGCUAAACUUAUAGAGUGCGGCAUGUGCGAUAAGAAUACCGCACCUUCCGUAAGCUCCAUCAGUCGUUUGUUGCGAGGCGGCGGCGGCGCACGCUCUGAAUCCGGCAGCUCACCACAUUCGAUAGAUGGCAUACUGGGUGCUGGCGGUUUAUCGAAUGGCUCCGGUGAUGAUAGCGAUGAUGAUGCCGAGCCGGGCGUGCAGUUGAAGCGUAAGCAACGUCGUUCGCGCACCACUUUCUCAAAUGUUCAAAUCGACGCCUUGGAACGCAUCUUCGCACGCACACAAUAUCCGGAUGUGUAUACGCGUGAAGAGCUUGCGCAGAGCACCGGCUUGACGGAGGCACGUGUGCAGGUUUGGUUCUCCAAUAGACGCGCUCGUCUACGCAAACAGCUGAAUACCACACAGCAGGUCUCGAGCUUUGCCGCUGCCACAGCGGGUGCUACGAGUGGUUUGAGCACGGCGGGUUUCGCUGGUGUCACCCCACAAUAUCACUCACAUCAGCAUCAUGCUCACCAUCAUCAUCAUCACUCGAGUGCUGCUGCCGCUGCCGCCAUGUCCGCCGCACACUCCGCCGCCAUGUCGCAUGUCAAUCAUUCGCAUCAAAUGGGUUUGUACGGCCAAGCUUGGAAUACGUUUGGGGGUAGCGCCGCCACUCAGGCGGUUGCCGCUGCCACUGCUGCGGGUAAUAUCUUUGAACAGCAACAACAACAAGCAAGCUUUGCGCCCUCCAGUGGCUCUGUCGCCUCAAUGUCGCCUUCAAGCAGCACCAGCAGUUCAGCUUCCUUGAGUCCAGCGCAUCACCAGGCGGCGGCAGCUAAUUUGGGUGGCAACAGCAGCAGCAACAACAAUAACGAGAAUAAUAAUUACAACAUUAACGCCAGCUAUGGCAUGCCAUCGGCCACAGCAGCAAGUUCCACAGCCUCUACAUCUGUGCACAAUAGCUCUUCAGCUGCUACCGCAUCGUCCACUUCAGCCGCUUAUGCUACAGCCUCAUCGGCGGCUUAUGGCUUAAGCGCCGCUAGCAGUAACUUCCCCACGGCCACCUCGGCUGAGCAGCUGCGCUCACAAUUCGCUUCGGCUGCCGCCUCGGGCUCACACCAUCCAGCAAUGUCCUCAUGGGACUCAUACAACUUCCCCGGCACAUUCUUCUCUUCGAGCGCCAAUCAUAUGGGCGGCUACACGCAGGCGAUGGGCGAACACAAGUCGGCGGCGUCAGCGGCAACGGCGUAUCCGUAUUUCGGGUUUUAGGUUGUCGAAACUAUUUCUUACGUAGAAAUGUAAACUUUAAAUCAAAAUUUUUUUUAUAGAAAAGACUGUAAAAUAUUUACUUAAAUUUCUGAUAUUUGUUUUUAUUAUUUGUUCUUUGUAAUUGGAAUAAGCGAACUCAAGGACCACUAAACCAGUUGAAUCUAUAAAAUUUAUUUAAUUAUUUUGAAAUAUUUUGUAAAAUUUCCAUGAAAUUUAAGAGCUCAAGACUGAGUAAU